UCAAUCUCCUUUAUGGCUAUUAAAAAUACUGAAAACGUCAGUUAAUGUGGUGGUUCAAAGUCGGUACCCCUUAGCGACGAGGAAAAACUAUUCAAGGCACGCUCACAAAACAGGAUUUUGGUAGGAGUUAGGGAUUGUUUUCAAAAUUUCCGAACAGCUCCCCCAUCCUUUUUUUAUACGAAAGUUCCCCCGGGGUCUCCUUCCGCAUGAAGGCAUUGAUACAAUGUAUCUCGAAUUAGAUAUCAAUGAGUGCGCUAGUAACCCAUGUCUGAACGAUGGAACUUGCACUGACCGAGUGAAUGGAUUCACGUGCAGCUGUGUGCCGGGAUUCAGUGGAAAUAGAUGCGAAACAGAUAUCGAUGAGUGCGCCAGUAGUCCGUGUUUGAACAGUGGGACCUGUACUGACCAUGUUGCUCGAUACAGCUGCAACUGCAAACGAGGAUUUCUAGGAACGAAUUGUGAAGUAGACCCACUGUCCAUUACUGUUUGUGAAUCUCAAUCAGCGACCAUUAGUUGCAACAAUGGACGAAAGGUCGACGUUCUGGAAGCGAUGUACGGAAGGCAGAACAGUUACACUUGUGGUAACGAUGACCUUAGCUGUAGCAGUGCUAGUUCUUACUCUGUUGUAUAUAGUAAAUGCCAAGACAAAGCUAGCUGUUUUCUGCAAGCAUAUAAUAACAUAUUUGGAGAUCCAUGCGUUGGAUACGGCAAAUAUCUGUUUGUGAAGUACCAGUGUAUAGAGUAGGUAUGUAAAAAAAAUGCUGUUUGUGCAACAUGCUUAGGAACGUCCACUCUUUCCUCGCCUUCAACCUCGUACUUAAACAAUAGCCUUCAUUUAAUUUGGCGCAGAAAUAUGCUCGGAUAUUUUUCUGCGGACAUUAUCUGUUCCGAGAAGCGAACAUUGAGUUUUCCGAGAGCGCAGCUUUGAGAACGGAUAAUGUCCAAAGACAUAUCCGAGCAUAUUUUCGCGCCAAAUGGAGG